GCACAUGGAUUUUUGUCCCUUGGUGCUUACCUUACUUGACCCAUAACAUAAACUUUUAGCUUGUCCUAACACUAGAUUAACUCUAAUUUAUUUGUUCUUUAUAAAUGAGGACCCUUGAUUCUUUGGCACAUCGGUACGUAACUGUAUUUUGGUGACUAGCUACAGUAGAUGAAACAUAAAACAACUGCAUACAUAAAUUUGGGAGUUACUAGCUAAUGGCUAACGGCUAACUUCAGCUGACGGCUAACUUCAGCUCUACACAUUUUGAGUUGAUGCGUUUUGUUUUCAUCAGAGUGCACUGCGUUGUGCUGCACGUACACCAUGAGACUGCAUUACCAUGUUACAGGCUCAGUUGCCACUUUCUCUGUAGUUUUUGCUUAUGUUCACUUGUUUAUAGAUGUUGCUUCCUGCAGUGACGUUUUGAGACAUGGCAAUCCAAUCGAGAACUACACAAUGAGGGAGAUUAGGACAGAUUUUAAAAAUGAAAAAAUGUCUAAUAAUCUUUCCCUAAACGAUAAAUGUGCCAUGGCGCUUGAGUGUCGGUUUGACUGUGCCAGAGAUAAAGCUGUCAGCCAGACAGAGUGUGAAGACAGGGGGUGCUGCUAUGCCCCCCUGUCGGAUGUAGCUGGACCACCCUGGUGCUAUUUUCCGCAUUUGUAUCCUGGCUACGUCAUGGGUCCCCUCACUCCCAGUGAAAGAGGACAGGCAGCCACUCUGACCCGUGUCAAAUCAUCAUACCUUCCCAAAGAGAUAUCGACUCUCCAGAUGGAGGUUAUGGAGGAGAAUGCACAAUGCUUACACCUGACUGUCAAAGACCCUUCAUCUCAAAGAUAUGAGGUUCAACUGCCAGGACAGCAGUCUGCUCCUCAGGGGAAAGCUGGUCCACAUACUGCCCUAUACAUGAUUCAAUUUCAACAUAAUCCUUUUGGUUUUACAGUGUUUCGUAAAUCAAAUAAUAGAGUAAUCAUGAACACAACUGUGGCUCCUCUUUUAUUUGCUGAUCAGUACCUUCAGCUGUCAACAACACUGGCUUCCUCUUUCGUGUCUGGCCUUGGAGAACAUUACACUUCCUUAAGUCUGGACCUGAACUGGACCUCAGUAACACUAUGGAACCAAGACACUAAACCCCGUGCUGAUGCAAACCUCUAUGGUUCUCAUCCCUUUUACAUAGUUCAAGAAGAAGAUGGGUUUGCACAUGGAGUUUUCUUGCUAAAUAGCAAUGCAAUUGAGGUGAUACUGCAGCCCACCCCUGCUCUUACUUGGGUUGCUCUUGGUGGCAUUCUGGACUUGUAUGUUUUUUUGGGACCUGAUCCAGAAAGUGUAAUACGGCAGUAUCUUCAAGUUAUUGGUUACCCAAUGAUGCCUCCUUACUGGGCUCUGGGCUUUCAUCUUUGUCGCUGGGGAUACACAACUAGUAAUACAACCCGGCAAGUGGCACAACGCAUGCAUGAUGCCAAUUUUCCCAUGGAUGUGCAGUGGAAUGACCUAGACUAUGCACAUGAUCGCAGGAUCUUCACCUUUGACCCUUGGCGGUUUGGUGAUCUUCCAGAGAUGGUGCAGGACUUUCAUGAAAGAGGCUUAAAAUAUGUCCUCAUUCUGGAUCCAGGUAUCAGUACCACCAGCCCUCCUGGAUCAUACCCUCCAUAUGAUGACGGAUUAAAAAGAGAUGUGUUUAUUAAAAAUGCCACUGGAAAUCUUCUUAUUGGAAAGGUGUGGCCCGGACCCACUGCCUUUCCUGACUUCACUAGUUCAGAGACCAGACAAUGGUGGGAGGACUGCAUUAAAGAUUUUCUUUCAAAGGUGCCUGUGGAUGGCCUGUGGAUUGACAUGAAUGAACCCUCCAGUUUUGUGCGAGGCUCUGUAGAUGGCUGUCCUGAUACUGAUUUGGAGAAUCCACCCUACACUCCACCGGUUGUUGGCGGACAGUUAAAUUCAAAAACACUUUGCAUGUCGGCUCAACAGCUCCUGUCUACUCACUACAACCUGCAUAAUAUGUAUGGACUUACAGAAGCAUAUGCCACUCACAAGGCACUCAUAAAUAUUCAAAGGAAACGACCCUUUGUCUUGUCUCGCUCCUCCUAUCCCGGGACUGGACGUUUUUCUGGAGUGUGGACUGGUGAUGUCACAAGUAACUGGGAUCAGCUCAAAUAUUCAAUCCCUACUAUCCUGAUGUUUGGUCUGUAUGGGGUGCCUCUUGUGGGGGCAGACGUGUGUGGGUUUGAAGGCAACACUACAGAAGAGUUAUGUGUGCGGUGGAUGCAGCUUGGAGCCUUUUAUCCAUUCAUGAGGAACCACAAUGACAGACAAAAUAGACCCCAGGAGCCUUAUGUAUUUGGAAAGAAAUCCCAAGCAGCCAUGCGUAGUGCUCUAAACCUGCGCUACUCUCUCCUUCCGUAUCUUUACACACUUUUUCAUCAUGCACACACUUCUGCUGAGACUGUGGCCAGACCCCUUUUUGUCGAAUUUUCUCAUGACCCUAAUUGUUGGGCCAUUGACCGACAGUUCUUGUGGGGCAGUGCUCUCCUCAUGAGCCCAGUCCUAGAACAAGGAGUGGUAGAGUUUCCUGCAUACCUCCCCUUUGGCACUUGGUACAGCCUCCAGGAUGGGCAACCUUUCUACAGCAAGGGACAAUAUUUGCUCCUAUCAGCUCCAUUGGACACCAUAAAUGUUCACAUCAGAGAGGGAUACAUAAUACCUCAGCAGGAACCUGCUUUGACAACCUCAGCCUCCCGCACCAAUCCUUUCUUUCUGACUGUCGCGUUGUCAGCAGGAGGAUGGGCACGGGGCGACCUGUUUUGGGAUGAUGGAGAAAGCCUUGAUACAUUUGAGAAAAAUAGUUAUAGCUAUAUUAUCUUCAUUGCGGGACAGGCACAGAUUGUAAGUGACCCUGUGAGACUAAAUGGGGACCUGGAUGGAUUAGUACUGGGAGGUGUGCGUGUUUUUGGUCUACCCUCCCCACCACACUAUGUUCUAGCCAAUGGGGAGAAAGUCAGGGAUUUUACUUAUCGCAGUGACACAAAAGCUUUAAUAGUGAACAAGUUGGCACUGCCCAUGUCAAAGGUUUUCACAGUUCAGUGGGCUCUUUGACACAUUAAUUUAUUUUUUUAAUAUUCAAACAAUGUAUAAAAAACUGUAUUUACAAUGUUUAUUUAAAUAUUGUUAAAGAAAUAAAUUAUACACGCUCUUUCUCUGCC